UCGAAAUUUUAGUCUAUGGUUUGUGUCCAUUGUUUUUCUACAAUGUUAUUUUUCUGACUGCUGCUGGUGGACGAAAAAUUGGUUUCGCUGCGUCUAGUGUGAGUUAGUUCUAGUGUUCGUGUUCGAUAUUGUGAUUUAUUAGUAAUAGAUCACGAAGAUGUCGUCACCGAGCGCUGGGAAACGACGCAUGGACACCGAUGUCAUCAAACUUAUUGAAAGCAAACAUGAAGUCACUAUACUGGGUGGACUCAACGAGUUUUGUGUGAAAUUCUUCGGCCCUCCCGGCACUCCUUAUGAGGGCGGCGUGUGGCGAGUGCGCGUGCACCUGCCCGACCACUACCCCUUCAAGUCCCCCUCCAUCGGCUUCAUGAACAAGGUCUACCAUCCCAACAUCGACGAGGUCUCCGGCACCGUGUGUCUUGACGUCAUCAACCAGGCCUGGACUGCGCUUUAUGACCUGUCGAACAUAUUCGAGUCGUUCCUGCCGCAGCUGCUGACGUACCCCAACCCCAUCGACCCCCUGAACGGCGACGCCGCCGCCAUGUAUCUGCACAAACCUGAGGAGUACAAGAAGAAAGUUUCAGAUUACGUCCGAAGAUUCGCGACCGAGGAGGCCCUUUUAGAAAAGGACGCGAUCACCGGCAUGGGGGGCGCGACCCCCGCCUCGUCGGGCUCCAAGCCGUCCAACGGCAACGCCAACAACAACAGCGACACAGAGAGCUCCAUGAGCGAGUUCAGCGACGACGAAGCGCAAGACAUGGAGUUAUAACAUAAGCUACCACAGAUAAGUAAUACUUGCUCACUCGCCACUGCCUUGUGUGUUUAAAAACGAACGUUUUGUUUGUGGUCUAAUGUUUUCGUUUAUGGCAACACCUUUUUUAAAACUGUCACUUUGACAGUUCGUCUUUGCUGUCAGUUUUGACAGUUGGUUUUUAGUGUUGCCAUGCUUUUUGUUUAGAUUGGUCUUCGGAUUAUGAUUUAUGACUUGUUUAACUGAAAGAUUACCUGUCUUUUAGUUAAUUUUCGGAUUAAUUAUGAGUGGAAUUAUUUUGAAUAAUUCGAUAAAGUAUAUUUGUUAAAGAUGUCUUUCAGUUAAGGGAUUGGUCAUGCUGACAAACUUUAUUCACAAUAAGAGUUGCGUUUUGAAAGACACAGUUUUAAUUAACGUACCAUUCAUAAGGCAAGAGCAAUAAUAUUAUUACAAUUCAUAGGUACUUCACGAUUCAGUAUGGACUAUCCCUUAAUUCUACAAUAAUUGCGUAUUAUUGCAUACUGCUGGUCAUUUCAAAUAAAUGUUUGACAUCUUAACUACACUUAAACAUUGUAAAUACUUUAAACUUUAAAUGUUUACUUGUAUGAUGUUAUGAUAUUCUGAUAUCUUCAUAAAAGGUUGUAGUCUUAAUAAAUGUACUGAGCUGAAUAAGUAGGUCGUCGUAAUGUGUUUACGUGUGUUCUCUAUGUGUAACGUGAUUGGCUGAUUAUCACGCUAUAAUCGUAGAUUAACCAAUGAGCUUUAUGCUGUAUCUACACGUGACUUUAUAGGCCAGAAAAAAAUUGCUACACACAAAUAAAAGAUAUGUCUACGUUAGACCACAGACAACGCAAUAUCAACCAAAAGCCAGUUAUCUGUACUCAUACAGACGUUCGCCGCCAUCUUUAUAUUUAAAAAAAAAGUAAAAGUAUCUCUAUAUAUCAAUGGACCACGAACUUUGCCAAUUUAGAAGUAAAAAAAAAUGCUCAGAUACCCCCAUGGCGGCGAACACAAAACGCUUUAAUGUUAUAUUUUAAAAUUAUAAAUAAAUAAAGUAUAUUAUGCAUGAUGAUCGUAAUUAUAUAAAAAAAUGGUAAAAUUUAACUUUUUUAGUCGUUCGGUGUGUUGGAAAAUGUUAAGGUUUCUUAGGAAUGUUUGGCUUCUCUUAAAUGUGUCUAUGCUUAAGAUUAGCUAAAAAUCGGUAGAGAAAAAAAAGUGUUCACGAAUUGUAAUGUAGGAGUAGGCUUGGCAACGGAUGGGUGGGCGCAACUAGAGCCAAUACUUUAAAAAUGGGAGCUUAAGAGCAAAAUAGCUGUAGAAAGUUAAUGGAAAUCCUAAUUUUCUUCUAAAUUAGGGUUUAAUAUUAGCUCUAGUUGCGUCUAGGAUGUAGGGAAUUGAUUGGUCUAGGUUUAUUUGAGCACUAUGUUGCUAGAAGCAAUGUGGUCGGUGUGUAAUCUUGACCUAGGUCAAUCAUUUCUUCGCGUAGGAAUGUAGGUGCGUACUUGUUGGAAUUUUAAUGUUGCUAGUAGUAUUACAAUGUUCAUAAUAAUACCAGUAUCUAUCACUAAAUCAUGAUUAACGAUUUUUGUUCCAUAUCUUUUUAAUAGUGGAAGAUAGAUGAAGAAACCAUGACAUUUGUUGUUAUAGCAUAGUGGAGCUGCGCCCUUAGCCCCUUAAUUCAUAUAAAGAAUACUAGCAACAUUACUAUUGCAACAGAAACACCGCUAGGUUAACGUAACGAACAUUUAAACAUUAGAUUUUAACUUAAAGACGUACGCUAUAUUCUUGAAGAUAACUUUCGAAAAAAAUAUAUAAUUAAAUGUAUCAUAGACUAACGUAACGUAUUUAGUUGGAGAGUUUUCACGACUGGCAACACACACGGUAUGAGUGAGCGAGAUAGCAUUUUGUAAAUAUCCUAUCUGUCCCAUAGUAUAAAUCCAACUUAAUGAGCCCGAGUCGUCGGACUAAAGUCAUCACUAUAUCUCAUAGGUAUUUAAUUUUUUUUUAUUAAUAUGAUUUUAGUUGUAUUCGAAACGAUGUGUCAUUGUGAAAUGUCGAUCUCCCUCUUGUGACGACUGGGCUGGGCGGGAUUCUUGGCCAUUUUACUAUCUUAUUCUCGAGAUUUUAAUAUUUUUUUCUUUAUAAUGUAUUAUUGUAUUAUAGAUUAGUGAACAGCUCCGCUUUAAAUAAAGACACUUAGAAUCUAAUGUUCGAUAUCUCGAUAAUUUACUCUUUUAUAUUCUUCCACUACGGUUGUUCAUAGAUCUAGUUUAUACUAAGUAAUUUCCAAAAUUCAGUCUCAAAUACUAAUUAUAUCAUAAAUCCAGCUAUCAUUCUGUCUACCUCAAAAAUUCGAAUUUGUCUAUAAUUAUAUUGCUGAAUAAUUUCCACCCAGCCCAUUUUCGUUGUUGGCAACAUCUUUAUCGAUUGUCUAUGCUCUCGCCAAUGUUACCUGUUGAAAGAAUUGGCGCUUUACUAAUAGCGAUACUGUGAUUUUCAUUUCUUCCCUUUGGUUUGUGUGAAUGGAAAAUAAUUGAAGUCAAUUCGUCGAAAGAGGUCGAGAAUUUUAUAUAUUUAAAAGUAAAAAACUGUACUUAGUUUAAUUGCGGUUUGACGAUUUUAGAUUUGUUUGUUGCUAUAUUUUUUUUCUUAGCACAAUCAUUAUUUUUUAUGCUUCGAACACCGCCAAUUUGGUACGAUUUUUUUUAAUCGAAUUUUGAUUUUAUUCGAUAUUUUAAUAUUAAGCUAAUUAUGCCAACAUUAGUCAUUGUCAUUUAUCUUAAUUUACUUGUUAAAUUUUAAGUAAAAUAUUGUAUUUGUUAUGAUUCAAUACAAAACUGCAAAGGGGGGCAUUAUUUGACAAUAUUUUGGUAACAUGAAACAAGUUCAUAUUAUGUCUACGGAACGAUAUAAUUUACAAAGACUAUUUUUACGUGAAUAUUAGCCAUUUUAUAAAUAUUCUGAUGAUUGUUUAGAACAAAUACUUUUCACCAUCUUUACGCUCAGAAAUCUUGGAUUAGUUUCACAAACGCGAAAUGGUCUUUGUAACUCAUAAUAAUUUAUACUCAUUCAAUCUUUUGCAGAAAUGAGAUAGCGCUAUACAUUACGUAUAUCUACAUCUCACUCUUAUAUGUUUUUUCUUACAUCGACAAUUCACUUCAAAACCGACCAUAAUACCAUAUAAAUAAAGUAUAUUUUUUCACAAAGGUUGUGUUGUGGCGGUGUUUACAAGCAGUUUGUUGGCAGAACGCUUCACCAAAUACAAUAGCAUUUUGUUCGAACGCCCAAACUACUGGUUAUUUGAAAAUUUACAUUCAAAUUUAGACCCUAUAAAAGACUUAUUACAUCACAAAUUUCAUUGAAAUAAUAAUAGUAAUCAAAGAUACAAAUAUUAUAUUAGUUAGAUUAAUUAAUAAUAGUUUAAACAAAGCAAUCUUAGUUGUAAUUCAAUGCAUAGUUACUUGUAUAGAUAUGAGAGAAGUACGUGAUGUAAGUUUUCAAAUAUCCAGUACGGCGCCGGUUCAAGCUGAUCCUGCCAGAUGUUGGUGUUAUAGCAAGUUUUGUGAUGUUCUUUUUGUUUAAAUAUAUUUAUAAAACCGAAUUAUUUAAUGUUAUUAUAUUGGAAUUAAUAUUAUCGAUAUUAUAUAAUGUACACUCGUGCGCUUCCCUUGUUUAAAAUGUUAUCGAGUCAGUCGACUUAGAUAUGUAUGUUUCUCAAUAAUUAUACUUAAUAAGACUUAAAGUUUUGUAUCUGCAUGAAUGGGUUUACAUGGCUGACUGCCGCGGUGAAAUAUUUAUUUUAUUACAUGACAUUACGUUGCCACUUUCCGUUGAUGUUAGCCAACAUAUCAGUGAGCUUGCGCGCGAACCAAAAAGAACAUUUCAAAAAAUAUCUUAAUGCAGAUCUCUUCUGGCACUUGUACAUAAUGGCUCGUGUUAUAUACUCAACCAGUUACUCAGUAAACGUGUUCGUUCAUUCGCACGACGCAGUCAGCGCGCGCCAUUCUGUACAGGCGCCCCCAAUGUUUGACACAUUGCGAACUGUAAGUGUUGCAAUCUUAUUCAUAAGUCCUUAGGCUAUAAUAAUAUAGAGUUUAAAAACAAACACGAAAAAAAAUAUAAUUAAUGAUAGACAUUUAUCGUAUCUUUGAAAACUCAGCCAUAAUAAUAUAUUAUAUUUUUGGUAAUAAGGAAGUAACAAGUUAAAAAUUUCUUAGUUGUACUUCAAGGAAAGUUGGGUUGACUGGAUUUUGUCUGAAAAUUUUAUUUGUCCACCCAGCUUUGUCGGUAUGAAUAUACAGUUAGAAUAAAGUCGCUGUGGUGUCGAUGUGUAGCUUAUAAUACUUACGGAGAGGAUAGCGAGGGCUUUUAAAUUCCCACAGAUACUCAAAUAGUGUCAAAAACAGGAGUAACGAAACGUAAAGUGUAAAUGGCAACAUUUAUAAACAAUCGAUGGCGGAUUUAAAAGCCCUCGUUAGCAAUAACAAUGGUGACGUGAAACAAGUUUAUCAAUAAAUAUGAACUUUUAUUUUUUUCUAAUGAUUGACAAUAUGGCGCCGAUCACGUCACAAUUGUUCGGUUUAUGGAUAUAAUUAUAAUCGAGGUUGAAUAUAUUACCAAAAUAUGACGGGCAAUCCGCCCGCGGCACGGAAUCAUUUAUACAUGUAACAGAAUAAAAGUUUAUAAUAUUAUAUUUUUAUUUCAUUACAUGUAAUAAACUUACGUUAUUUUUAAACUA